AUGCCCGCUCUUGAUGGUAUCCGCGUGCUCGAACUAGCCGGCCUCGCGCCUGGCCCUUUCGCAGGCAUGAUGCUAGCAGACAACGGGGCCAGCGUUAUUCGAGUCGACCGAGUCAACCCACCACACCAGCCCAGUCCUGACGUGCUCAUUCGGAAUAAGUCCUCUAUCCAAAUAGACCUAAAGUCACCAGGCGGAAAGGACCUGUUUCUACGGCUCGUCAAACAAGCAGACGUCCUAAUCGACCCCUUCCGACCAGGAGUUCUCGAGAAGCUCAACCUCGAUCCGACAACAGUGCUACUAAAACUCAAUCCCCGCCUCAUCGUUGCCCAACUCACCGGCUUCCGACGUGAUGGGAAGUACGCCAAUAUGGCGGGCCAUGAUAUUAAUUACCUUGCUGUAUCGGGGGUUCUGUCUAUGCUGGGUCCAUCGCCGCGUCUCCCAGACGGCCGGGUGCAGCCUCCCACGCCUCCGGGAAAUAUUCUCGGUGAUUUUGCGGCUGGGGGGCAUAUGUGCGUUACUGGGAUUAUGAUGGCAUUGUUUGCUCGGUCUCGCACUGGGAAGGGCCAGGUUGUUCAUGCGAAUAUGGUUGACGGGGCGAACUAUCUUGCUACCAUGCCGAGGAUUUCGACGAAGAUUCCCGGCCAGUGGGACAGUCCUCGUGGCGAGAAUCUGUCUGAUGGAGGGUGUCCUUAUUAUAAUGUGUAUGAGUGCAAGGAUGAUGGGAAGUAUAUGGCUGUUGCUGGGUUGGAGCCGCAGUUCUUCGCGCAGUUGGUUAAGGGGUUAGGAUUGAGUGAUCAGCCCUGGAUGGCGAAGAGGGAUGAUCGUGCUGUUUGGCCUGCUAUUGCAGAUGCGUUCCGCAGAAGGUUCCGCGAGAAAACACGCAAGGAAUGGGAGGACGUCUUUGAUGGGAGUGAUGCUUGUGCCACGCCUGUGUUUACCCAUGCAGAGCUGGAGGCCGCUGGAUACGAGCAACGCCCUGGAGUGACCCUGAACGGGACGCCAACACUGGACAUGGGGCCACGGUCAGGAUGGGAUGUUGAGGUAUUGGGUCUUGGGGAAGGGGGAGAGCAGGCGUUGUCGCAGUGGAUGGGAUGGAACAAGGGGAGGGACUACGCACUGCUCAACGGGGGAUUGCAGGUUAAAGAUGCCUCUCGAUUGUAA